UCCAACUUCCGCAGCAACCAUAUCAUGCUUAUUUAUACAGAUAGAUAGAUAGAUAUUCCAAAAUCUUCAUUUUUAUUGUUCUCAUAAUUUUAUUGCUCAUUCCACUAUCUAGCUAUAUCAUGGAAACACUUGGUGCAUUGCUCACUAUUAAUGUGCACAUUUUUAUGCUAAGUUUAUUAUGCUUUAUUGUUACAAUUGAAGCUUCAAAGAAAAAUAAGGUCUCUGCCAUUUAUGUGUUUGGAGACUCUACAGUAGAUCCAGGAAACAAUAAUUAUGUGAACACAGCUUUUAAAAGUGAUUUUCCACCUUAUGGUAGAGACCUUGCUAACCAAAGUCCUACUGGAAGGUUCUCAAAUGGGAAGCUUGGCACUGAUUUUAUUGCUUCAUAUUUGGGCUUGAAAGAGUUGGUGCCACCAUAUUUGGAUCCAAAUCUCAGUGAUGAAGAGCUUAUGACAGGAGUUAGUUUUGCCUCUGCUGGUUCUGGUUUUGACCCACUCACACCAACUCUAAGUAAUGUGGUCCCAAUACCAAAGCAACUGGAAUAUUUCAAACAAUACAAAAAGAGGUUGGAGAGUAAGCUUGGUAGGCAUAAAACUGAAAAUCAUAUAAACAAUGCCUUUUUUUUCGUAAGCGCGGGUACAAAUGACUUCGUUAUUAAUUAUUUUACGGUACCAAUAAGAAGAAGAAGCUUUGACGUUGUAACCUAUGGCCAUUUCGUGCUUCAACAUGUCAAAGAUUUCAUACAGAAUUUGUGGACAGAAGGUGCUAGAAAAAUUGCUUUUGUUGGACUACCUCCAAUGGGAUGCUUGCCAAUCAUGAUCACUUUCCAUUCCAACAAUGCUUUUUUUGAACGUAGUUGUGUAGACAAAUAUUCCGCUGUGGCAAGAGCUCAUAAUAUGAUUCUUCAACAUGAAUUGUUCUCAAUGCAACUCAAUUUCUCAAUGCAACUCAAUUUCUCUAAUCCUCAUGAACACGGUGCUAAGAUCUCUUACAUUGACAUAUAUGGACCUUUAGCUAACAUGAUUCAAGGGCAUGGAAAUCUUGGAUUUGAUGAGGUUCAUCGUGGGUGUUGUGGAAGUGGUUUCAUUGAAGCAACAUUUAUGUGUAACCGUGGUUCGCAUGUGUGCACUGAUCCAUCAAAAUAUGUAUUUUGGGAUUCAAUACACCCUACAGAGAAGGCAUACCAUAACCUAUUUGUCGCAAACCGUCACAUCCUUGAUGCCCUCAUCAAGGGCUAGUAUAGUCGAGACACAAGACAAAAAUGAAAGUUGGAUAAUAGCUAGCUACUACCUUAAAAUUACUAUGAGCUUCACGAAAAUAGAAUAACAUAGUUUAUUUAUUAUCUAAAUAUUGUUUAUCCUGGAUCAUUUAAUCAGCAGUACUAUAUAU